UCUUCCCCUCACUCUCAUAGUCUCAUUAGUCAUUUCCCCUCUCUCUCUCAUCUCUCUCAAAUUUCUCUCCCAAAUCUCUCUCGCGAAACCCUAAUCUCUCCCCAGCAAAAAUGAGAGAGAUCCUCCACAUCCAGGGCGGCCAAUGCGGCAACCAGAUCGGAGCCAAGUUCUGGGAAGUCGUCUGCGCCGAGCACGGCAUCGACUCCACCGGCCGAUACAACGGCGACUCCGACCUUCAACUCGAACGCAUCGAUGUCUACUAUAAUGAAGCCAGUUCUCAGCGCUACGUCCCCCGGGCGGUUCUCAUGGAUCUCGAACCGGGCACCAUGGACAGCCUCCGGUCUGGCCCGUACGGCCAGAUUUUCCGGCCCGAUAACUUCGUGUUCGGCCAGUCUGGGGCGGGGAACAAUUGGGCUAAAGGGCAUUACACUGAGGGUGCUGAAUUGAUCGAUUCGGUUCUCGAUGUUGUUCGCAAAGAAGCCGAGAAUUGUGACUGUCUUCAGGGAUUCCAGGUCUGUCAUUCUCUUGGAGGAGGAACAGGGUCUGGAAUGGGUACUCUAUUGAUCUCUAAGAUUAGAGAGGAAUACCCUGACAGGAUGAUGCUUACAUUCUCCGUGUUCCCUUCGCCAAAGGUGUCGGACACUGUUGUUGAGCCUUAUAACGCAACAUUGUCUGUUCAUCAGUUGGUUGAAAAUGCUGAUGAGUGCAUGGUUCUUGACAAUGAAGCUCUUUAUGACAUUUGCUUUCGGACACUCAAGCUCACAACUCCUAGCUUUGGUGAUCUGAACCAUUUGAUUUCGGCCACAAUGUCUGGUGUCACAUGCUGUUUGAGGUUCCCUGGUCAGCUGAACUCUGAUCUGAGGAAGCUAGCUGUAAAUCUGAUCCCCUUUCCCAGGCUCCAUUUCUUCAUGGUGGGGUUUGCACCACUGACCUCCCGUGGUUCACAGCAGUACCGUGCAUUGAGUGUUCCUGAGCUAACCCAGCAGAUGUGGGAUUCUAAGAACAUGAUGUGUGCAGCUGACCCUCGUCAUGGCAGGUACUUGACAGCCUCGGCUAUGUUCAGGGGAAAGAUGAGUACAAAGGAGGUUGAUGAGCAGAUGAUCAAUGUCCAGAACAAGAAUUCUUCUUACUUUGUCGAAUGGAUUCCUAAUAAUGUGAAGUCAACUGUUUGUGAUAUCCCACCCACUGGCUUGAAGAUGGCAUCUACAUUCAUUGGGAAUUCAACAUCCAUCCAGGAAAUGUUUAGGCGUGUGAGUGAGCAGUUUACUGCUAUGUUUAGGAGGAAGGCUUUCUUGCAUUGGUAUACUGGUGAAGGUAUGGAUGAGAUGGAGUUCACCGAGGCCGAGAGCAACAUGAAUGACUUGGUUUCAGAAUACCAGCAGUACCAAGAUGCAACCGCUGAGGAGGAAGAUUACUAUGAAGAUGAAGAGGAGGAAGAGGCUCAUCAAGAUAUGUAAUGGGCCAAAUUAGAAGCGAAUUGUUUUUGUCGGAUGGUUGAAUUAGCUUGCUGCAACGCACAGUUGUGUCGUGCUUAUCUUGUUCAAUUAUCUGUUACUAUGCCAUAUUGUUACAGUAUGAUGUCCUGAUUACAGUUUGUUGCAGACCUUGUUAUGAAUUGUUAUGUUCGGUUGUCUAAAACAUCUAUGCACUUUUGUUAUCCUCUA